AUGUCGACAACAACUACACGAACAAAGACAAAGCGUGAGCUGGUAAGAAAGUACUCGAAGGACAAAAAGGUUGGUGAAGGUACUUAUGCGGUGGUUUACGUGGGGAAGUCCGUGGACACGGGACGGGAAAUAGCCAUCAAGGAGAUCAAGACAGGCCUUUUUAAAGACGGUCUCGACAUGCUGGCGCUUCGAGAAGUAAAGUAUUUGCAAGAGGUUCGUCACAAGAACGUCAUCGAGCUUAUAGACGUCUUUAUGUCGCUGGACAAGAACUUGAACUUGGUGCUUGAAUUCUUGCCGUGUGAUUUGGAAGUGCUCAUCAAGGACCACAGUGUGGUGUUCAAGUCGUCGGAUAUCAAGCUGUGGCUUCUUAUGACGCUAAGGGGAGUUCACCAUUGUCAUCGAAACUUCAUCUUGCAUCGAGACUUGAAACCCAAUAACCUUUUGUUGGCGCCCGAUGGGCAAUUGAAGAUUGCAGAUUUUGGGUUGGCUAGGGCGUUUGGCAACCCAAACGAAGAUCUCACGUCAAACGUGGUCACAAGGUGGUAUAGAGCACCAGAGCUCUUGUUUGGCGCCAAACAUUACACUGGUGCUGUGGACGUGUGGUCGGUAGGCAUAAUCUUUGCUGAACUCAUGCUCAGGACGCCGUAUCUUCCAGGAAAGGACGAUACAGACCAGCUAGAUGUCACCUUCAAGGCCUUGGGCACCCCCACAGAACAAACGUGGCCUAACGUGUCCAGCUUGCCCCUCUAUAACGCCUUGAGGGUGUAUCCUCCUCCCUCGAGACAGGAGCUACGGAAUAGAUUCAGUGCUGCUACUGAAAAAGCCCUAGAUUUGAUGAUCUCCAUGACCCAGCUAGACCCUGCCAGACGUUGUACGCUGACACAGGCUCUCAUGCAUGAAUACUUCACAGAAAUUCCAAUGGCUACAGACCCUGAAGAUCUUCCAACUAAGGGCGGGAAGGCGGCAUCUGGUGAGAAGAAGCGCCGUUUGAACUGA